AGGCAAAGAAAGUACCUUCAAGCAGGCUCUCUAUCUCAUGUGCAGCUCUCCUCAGGCUUGGAAGCUUUCUAUCAGUAUAUACAGACCAGUAAGAUAAAUAAAAGGAAAGUGAGACAAGAGCAGCAUGAUUACAAGAUAUAUAACCUCGCCCAUCUAGUACUUGCCAUAGGAUUUGCAAGGGAAUGCCAAUGGUAUAGAUCCCUCUUUUCCAUCAGUUGCAGAACAAUUCCCCGGGCGUAUAUUUGUCAUAUUGGCAUCUUUACCAAGGUUCUAGAUCCUUCAUAG